CGGGCCAUCCUUUCUCUUUCCCUCAGAAGAGAAGGAGUGAGCGGCGUGAGGGGGAUCGGGGUGCAGGAGUCCCAGGAAACGAGGGGCAUUUUGUAUUACAGUUUUAUUCUUCUAUUAAAGACCAGAAAUCAUGUCGAUGUACAAAGUAAAGCCGAUUAGCGAGAGAGAGAUUCAGAUUGAUUUGCCCACCUGCAUGUACAAGUUACCGAAUAUCCACUGUCACAGAAGCGGUUCUGACCAUGCGCAAGAUCAGGUGGAUCCAGCAUUGAAGGUGCUGGAAGCACGUCAAGAUGAGAUCAUGAAGCGACUGUAUGAAUUAAAAGCAACUGUUGACGGGCUCAGCAAGACCAUCACAACCCCAGAUGCAGAUAUUGAUGUGACCAGCAUGGUGCAGGACACACCCAGCAUGUCCUUGACUGGCUCUGUAAAUCUGGAUUCAUUGUUGGGAAAGGAUUAUGGUGCCCUAAGGGAUAUUGUGAUCAAUGCCAACCCCUCCCAUCCUCCCCUCUCCCUGCUCGUCCUGUACAGCCUGCUGUGUGAGCGCUACAAGGUGCUGUCUGCGGUCCACGUGCACUCCUCCGUGCCCAGCGUGCCCGCGCACCUCCUCAAAUGCUUCGGGGAGCAGGGCAACCACAACUACUCGCGCCACGACUUCCAGCUGGGCUUCACCCUCAUAUGGAAAGACGUGCCCAAGCCUCAAAUGAAGUUCAACAUCCAGAACAUGUGCCCUAUUGAAGGAGAAGGCAACAUCGCUCGCUUCCUCUUCUCGCUGCUGGGCCAGGCGCAGGAUGUUCUGACCGCCACGCUGGUGGACAGCUGGGUGGACACGGCCAUGUUCCAGCUUGUGGAGGGCAGCAACAAGGAGAAGGCGACAGCGCUGCGCUCCCUCAACGGGGUCCUGGGCAGGACGCCCUGGCUGGUGGGCAGUGACCUCACGCUGGCCGAUAUUGUGGCCUGGUGCGCCGUGCUGCAGUCCAGCAGUGCGACGGACGUCCCUGCCAACGUCCAAAAAUGGAUGAAGUGCUGUGAGAAUCUGCCGCAUUUCAGCUCUGCUUACAAGCUGCUGAAGUGAGUUUAGUUAACAACGUGCUGUUUGUACUGAUGCACUAUGCUGUUUAAACCUGAGGUCGUUGGUUAGUCUCAAACAAGAGGUUUUGAACCCCAAACCCAAACCUUGUGCCUAUACAAUAUUGGCGUGCUGUUUUAAUAACCUGUUUAGAAUUAUUUGGGUCCUAAUAGGUGUAAUGUUAACUUCUGUAAUAAAAAACUUUUAACAGUGUUUACAAGCAAA